AUACAUGAUUAUUUACAAGAUCAUCUUAGCUGUUAUCACCUUUUCUGCACUGACUUCUUUCAAUAAAUAUGUCUAUGGAUCACGCAGUGUAUUCCAAACAGGAUACAUCACCCUAUUCAGAUUGAAAAAAAUCAUUGUCGCUAAGUUGAAGUGUUGUUCCAAACUGAAGUGCUCAAAACUGACCACUUACUGGCCCUUUGGAAUGAAGGCAUGAAAAAUCUACUUAUGGACACUUGGAGACUUCAACCUUAAUUUAUAGUUCUUUUAAGAAAUACUGCAAUUAUGGUUCUGAAUCCCAACAGUACCAUACAGACAGGCUCUAAAUCCAGAAACCUUUCAUUUUCUGUUUCUUGCUGGUCAAACAAUUUUCCCAAUCCUGCAUGAAUCAAUAGCAGCUUAAAACUCAUCUUUUCUGCGAAGCUGUGAGCACAAGACUAUAUACAUUCCUCAGGAGAUAUUGCUUCUUCCUCUUCACAACUCCUUUCCAAACCUAGCUUUAGUCUCAACUGUUAUAUUUGACUAUUGAUAUGGCAUUAAGUGCCUUUCUCAUUUGAAAGUUACUUUUGACAAAAUCAUUUGCAAAAGGACUCAACGUAAAUGUAAAACGUAAUGUUUUAAUGGUAUUUGAAAAUGGAAAACAUUGCAAAUAAAAUUUUUCUAUUUUUUUGUUUGUUUUUAAUAUUAUACAGCAGAAUUGUUUGACUGCUGCUUUUCGUUUACUGUGGAACUAGCUAUAGACAGCCAACUGUGUUGUUUAUGAAUGAACAUGUCAAGUGAAAUUAUUCUACAGCUUAGCAAGUGUAUGACUUAACAGGAACAUUAGGUGGCGCAAACGCGUCUUCAGUUCCACAAAAGAAGAAGUUGUUGUGUGUUUGCUUUCGGUUUUCCGUCUACCAAGAUGCACACAUAUCGUUUGUGGGUCAUUUUACCAAUUUGUAUUGCGUUGUUGGCCGUGACAGCAGCAUGUGCUCCUGUGGGCUUACUUCCUCUAUGUCUCUGUACUAUGGCUCUUCUGUGGAAGAUAAAGAUCGAGAAUCGCUCCCUAUUGAGUCUUUUGACUCAGUAUGUGGCUAUGAAAUCAGUGGGCUGGCUGGGGAAUCGCCAAAGAAACAGAAUGGAGAAGGACACCCAGGAAAUUCGUCGCGUUCAGGAGGAAACGCUGCUCAGGCGCCUGCGCAAACACUCAGACACAGUCUACGGCAAACUAUACGACUUCAGCUCGAUUAAAGACACUGAAACAUUUAAACAGCGUCAUCCGGUCACAAAUUAUGAUCAUUAUGAAAAGUUUGUGGAUCGUGUGGCUAAAGGAGAGCAGAAGGUUUUAAUAUCGGAGAGUCCUCUAAUUUUGGCUAUGACAUCAGGAACGUCUGGAUCCAGCCGUAUGCUUCUGAGCACCAAAGACACUAACACAGACUUCUUCCUACAGGGGGUUACUGUUUGUCUAGAUGUCAUGAGACGAGCCUUUCCAGCCACCGAAUGUCUUCAGAAAACCCUGAAACUCUUUUACUCUCCUCUCAUUCGUCAAAGUGAGGCAGGUAUUCCCAUCGGCCCCAACUCCUCGACCCCUGCAUCCUCUAGACACAUGCUCCAUCUGUACACCACACCAGCGCUUGUCUAUCAGGUGCCUUAUGAGAGGGAUGCUUUGUAUCUCCAUCUGUUGUUUGGGUUGAAGGAUCGCAAUCUUGGCAUGCUGGAAUCAAACUUCUGCUCAACCAUCUUUUAUGCCUUCAGAGCUCUUGAGGAACAUUGGAGAGAUCUUGUUAUGGAUGUGGAAGUGGGCAUGAUCAGCUCUGCUCUAAACCUAGAGGCUGAUGUGCGCUGUGCUUUAGAAAAGCUGAUGAAGCCGGAUCCAGAGAGAGCUGCUGAACUCACAGCUCAGUUUGAGGAAGGAUUUGAGGGAAUUGCUCUCAGAUUAUGGCCUCAGUUACACCUGGUCCUGGCAGUAGACUCGGGUUCCAAUCAGAUUUAUGGGGAGAUGUUACGGCAACACUACUGUAAAGAUGUGCCAUUCUACUCCCCUUUCUAUGCUGCAACUGAAGGAUUGAUAGGUGUGAACCUGUGGCCUCUGCAGGAGAGAAGACAGUAUCUGUUGUGUCCUCGCUCCAUGUUCUGUGAGUUCAUACCAGAGGAGGAUCUGGAGUCAGAUCAGCCCAAAACUCUCCUGAUGGAGCAACUUAAGGAAGGACACAGCUAUGAGCUGCUAGUCACCAAUGCAUCUGGAUUAUUUAGGUAUCGCAUUGGAGAUAUUGUUAAAGUAGUUGGGUUUCAUAACCAGUGUCCAAAAGUGGAGUUUCAGUACAGGCGUGGUCAGAUGUUGAACGUUCGUGGUGAAAAAGUGUCUGAAUCACUGUUUUUGGGAGCUCUUAAGCGGGCUGUGAUGCAGUGGCCAGGAGCCAGACUCAUAGACUACAGCUGUGUCGAGAGUGGCAUUCUAGGAAAUGCAUCUGGAAUUGCUCAACCUCAUUAUCUUGUGUUUGUUGAGCUAAAGGGUUUGAGAAACCUCUCAGAGGAACAAAGAUACAAGUUAGACCAGUCCCUGCAGGAGGACUCUUCCAUCUACAAAUCCUAUAGGAUCAAGGGCAGCAUUGGACCAAUGAGAGUUCAGCUUGUCCGCAAUGGCACUUUCAAAGAACUGAAAGAUCACAUGAUGGCAUUCUCUAGUGUUUCGUCUAACACCUUCAAAAUGCAGCGUGUGAUACGCAGGAAAGAAUUUGCUGACUUUCUACUGCAGAGGGCAUUAUGAGCAUUUCAAUUCGAAAAUAUUUUGUUGCAUACUAGUUUUAUAUAUACAAAGAGUGGUAAAUAAUACAUUGGUGGGUCGAUUCAUCUAAAAAGACUGUGAUUGCUGUGUUUAAGUGUUUGGACCUGCCAUUCACAAUAUUUGGUCAACCAGUAGCAUGAGUUGGAAAUACGUGUUUGUCCAAGUCGUACAGGCGAGAAACAUGAUAGCAGAACUGCUUGUUGUUACUAGAACAAUGGUUCUUAAUGGUGGAGGACUACAGUACUGCACAUUUUAAAUGUGUUCAUCAUUAGAAAAUGGUUGGAUUAGCUACCAAAAAAGUCUAUUUAUUAGGUUGUUUUUGUAAAAAUAUUGCAGGUAUUUAUAACAAGAAAAAUAAAAUUAUGUAUUAAACACCAUAAUUAAAAAAUAUAUAUGAUCGAAUGCAUCCAUUCCUGUUAUUUAUUAAUUUAAAACCAGUGGGGAUGGUAUUCUAAUAAAAUGCAUAUGUUGUAACAUCCAGUUCUCUCACUUAAGCUCCCAUUUUUAUGUAAUAUUUUUAUGAUUUUUAAAUUAAAGUAUUUAUUUUAUUCAUCCUAUUUCAUCCCGUAUUACCUGUGAACCUUUCCCCAAUAAACUAUAUUAUCCAUAUUUAUAUACCUA